AUGUCCUUCGAUCCGGGUAGAAUAUCCAAGGCUGAUGCAGCUGCCUAUUCCUCUUCAUCAUCUGACAACGAGGAUGAAGAUGAAUACUUGCAGCCUUCUGUCAACCCGCAAGCCGACGAAUUCUUCGACCUGAACCCUCGCAAACGAAGGCGAACCGGUCGCAACGCCAAAGAAAGCGCCGCCCUAGGAAUAUUCGGGUCCGAAAGCGAAGAUGAUGGGCCCGGGAAGAGGUGGAAGUCUAAAAAAGAUUUGCGCCACAAGAACGUAGCAUUCGUUUCCGCUGGCCAGGAAGACCUAAACGAGAAUCCAAACGAUGAAUCUAUCGAAGAAGACAAUAAAGGCCAGGAGGAAGGUGAAGAUGAAGAACAGUUUAACAGCCGGCCCGGCUUAGGUGUCAACCCAAACCCCUCACAAAUACAAGAAGAUAGCGAUGAAGACGACGAGGACGAGGAUAUGACAGGAGUCGGUCUAGGAUUCGGUACCACCUCACAUGGACUAGGUUGGGCGCCUCCUGCUAUGUCGCAAAGCAUUCCUGUCGCCGGCGGGACACCGAGUAAACCACCAAAAUUCAAAUCAAGAUACGAUGGGAAAACACCUCUCGGAAAGGGGUUCGUCCCUUCGUCCGCAAACGAACCUGUCCUAAAAGCGAAUCUCGAUGAUGACACUUCCUCAGCACCCCAAACGCCCAAGUCGAGUGCCUUCAGUGGUAAUAAAGCAAAGUCCUUUGCGGCUCGAAUGAUGGAGAAGAUGGGCUACGUAGAAGGGCAAGGUCUAGGUGCUGAGGGCCAGGGACGAAGUGGCAUAAUUGAAGCAAAUUUGCGUCCACAGGGCGUUGGCCUUGGUGCCGUCAGGGAGAAGUCGGAAAAAGAACGUAAAGAAGAAAAGCGGCAAGCCCGUAUGCGAGGGGAGGAGGUUAUUGACUCGGAUGAAGAAAGAAGGGCAAAGCGUGAGAGGGGGAAGAAAAAGGGCUCAGACAGUGCAGUCGGUAGCGGCGCGAGCACCCCAAGGAAGCCCAAGACGAAAUACCUAACUGUUACUGAUAUUAAAAAGGCCGCACCGGGACUGCAAAUUCCAGACGCCUUUACUCCAAUAUUAGAUCUCACCGGGCGAGAUCAAAAGCUACUGACGUCUGGUUCGGGGUUAUUAACUCCUAAAGCUGGUGCCGAGCUGGCCACGCAAACGGAAGCACAUAAACUAGCAAGGCGCGCUCAGGGUGAUCUCGCAGCUUUUGUCGAAGAAUGGAGAAGUCUAGAGGAACGAAAGGCAUGGCUUGCUAUGGAGGAAGCUCAGCACCAGCAGGAGCUUAAUGAACUAGAGAGCAACUUUGCAGGGCUCAAUGUUUUCUCGGCUGUCCUAGAUGGAGUCAGCCAAGCUGCUCAUAAUAGAGAUUGGGACAUGGUAAUAUCCGGGCUUAAGAAAGCCGAGUCUGCAGCAUCGACUCACGGUGACGAAGAGCUAGCCGCCCUUGCAGUCUCCGCUAUUCAUCCUUUCUUAAAGGAUGCUAUUCAAGGGUGGCAGCCGCUAGAAGAUCCAAGCCUGGGUAGUUUUGCUUCCGACCUCUCUGAUAUUCGGGGACUACUAGGCCUUACUAAAACCACCAAGCAGAAUACCAUCACAAAGUGGCAAGAUACCGAAAUUGAUGGUACACAUCGUCAUCACGUAAGAUCAACAACACCUUGGGAGACCAUGAUCUACCAAAUACUCUUUCCCAAGCUUGUAACGGCUAUUUCCCAGACUUGGGAUAUUCAUAAUACGACGCCACUCCUAGGCUUUUUCGAGAAAUGGGAACAGCUUCUACCUGAAUUCGUCCGUCUGCAACUCAUUGAGCAAGUAGUAAGGCGACUCGAAGCUGGAAUUAGUAGCUGGAAGCCGAGGAAAAGGCACGAGAACUUGCACAUAUGGCUAUUCCCUUGGCUCCAGCAUCUUCCAGUUCAUCAUUUGGAGCCCAAGGGAACCGGACUAGUAGGAGAGGUGAGGCGUAAGUUUAGACAGCUGAUUGACGUUUGGGAUUUUUCCAAGGGCGUGGUGCCUGGUCUUAAGCAGUGGAAAGACGUAUUUCGCCCGACUAAGGAACAGGAUCAAUGGAGGCCUUUGGUUAUGCAUCACCUCCUCCCAAGUCUCUCCCGAUAUAUACGAGUUAAUUUUCGCGUCGACCCAAGCGACCAAGAACCAUACCUCGAAAUGCUCAACGGUGUUUUGAAGUGGACGGAUGUCAUCUCUACAUCUCUGGUGGGGGAAGUCAUAGUUUCGGAAGUGUUUCCUAUGUGGCAUGAGAUUCUCUACCAGUGGCUCACCAGUGCAGACGCCAAUUACGAGGAAAUCGGUGCCUGGUUCGAAUGGUGGAAGGAUCAAGCGAUACCUAAUGAGAUAUCUUCUCUUCCAAGCGUUUCUGCCGAAUUUGAAAAAGGCACUACCAUGAUCGAGACUGCUCUUGACCUUGGCGCAGAUGCGAAGAAUCAACUCCCUCGGCCUGACGGGCGCCCUGCCCAUCAACCGAAGACCCACUCUCAUAAACCGAAAGCAGACAAGAAACCUGUGCCCAUACCCCUGCCGCAACAGCCUAUAGACAAACCAGAACCUACAUUCCGUGACGAAAUAGAGGAUUGGUGUCAAGAGAAUGACCUUCAGUUCAUUCCGGUCCGAAAAGCUAACGAAGAGGGCAAGCAUUACUUCCGUAUUACAGCUCGUAUGGAUGGCAAGGGGGGUGUUUUAGCAUACUUUAAAGGCGGCGAUACGCUAUUCGUCGAGUCUCGAAAGACCAACCUGGAGUUGAAACGGGAUGUCAAAGAAGACUGGGGCCUAUUGCUCGAGCCUCUAUAUCAAGAAGUAGAGCAGGGGGGGAGGAAGUAA